AUGAGUCUCGCAGCAGCCCGCAAACCGCUCCGCGACUUUCUUAGUCCACUCCAGACCUCGGACGCGCAGUUGUAUGACGUCGCAUGCUCGUUUUCGCAUGUCUUUCGUGAUCUGGCAGCCAACAACAACGACACUGACGAUGAAUCGUUUAGCCCUGUGCCUGUCACGAGGUUACCCGUGGGAAAGGAACAUGGGCGCUACCUAGCUGUUGACGUAGGCAUCACCACGCUCAAAGUCGCGUUUAUCGAGUUACUGGGCGAAGAAGAGAAUGGAGGAGGCCAAGGCCACGCUAGACCAAGAUCAAUGAGUAAUGUGAUUCGCCAAGUGAGGCAUUCGCGAGUUCGCAGAACGCUCGAAAAGGCCUGGAGGAUUGAGGAACGCCUCAAACAGGAUGAGCCGCAUGAGCUAUUUCUGUGGAUUGGGAAUUGUAUUGCGGAGGUGGUCAAGGAUGAUUUGUUGUCGAAUGCUGGGGCAAAUGUUGAGCAGCCGACGUUUAUUGAGACGGGCAUUGCGUUUGGGCUUCCUAUCAGGCAAGAAUCGCUAGAAGCAGCGACAUUGAUGCAAACCGGCAAAGGAUUUACAAUCGGUACAGACCUGGAUCUAAGACAAUCCAUCCUCCAGGGCUACGAACGACAUACGCGGCGCCGAUCAGAUAGUCAGGACGAAGGAACGGCAAGAGCAUCGAAAAGACAACGACACUAUAUCCUACCCCAGUUGAAGAUUAUUGCUCUCACAAACGACGCCGUCGCGACCCUUCUCUCGCUUUCUUACUCUAUCAAAUCAUACCCCAACAGCCGCGUCGCGAUGGGUAUUGUGCUUGACGAAGGAUGUAACGCAACUAUCCCCAUGACUCUUUCUGAUCUACAUCCUUCAAAGGGACGGAUUAUUUUGAGUCAAGAACCCACCGCCGCGCAGACGCUCGUCAGCACCGAAUGGACACUCCAUAGCGCCUCCGCACCUCUACGCGAGCACGGCAUACUCACAAAAUGGGACCUGCAACUGGAUGCUCGAUCCGCGCGACCCGGAUUUCAGCCACUAGAAUAUAUGACCGGUGGUCGGUAUAUCGGCGAACUCAUCCGCAUAAUCUGCAACGACUAUUUCGUGAAUGUCUUGGGAAUCGCGGAGAAAUAUCUCCCUGCACCACUCGUGCAGCCGUAUGCUUUGCGCACGGAGACCAUUAUCAGUAUUAUAUCAGCACAAUUGCCUCUCCAAACACUCGUGCACACACUUAACCACGCCCAAACCACUGCUGCCGGCGGAGGCAACGGGAAUUUCCUCCCUCCUCCCCCGUAUCCGGCAGAAUGGUCCUGGACCAUCGAAACCGCCAACGCGCUCCGCGAAAUCGCGCAGGCAGUGCAGACUCGUUCCGCGGCGCUGGUCGCUGCUGCCACAGUAGGACUACUGGCAUCGAACCACGAGGUAUCUCUCCGCGACCCAAACGCGCCUUCUUCAUCCUUCUCGUCGAGUCAAUUCAGCAUCGAGACGCAGUUCUUGAGUAGUUCACCAUCUAAAAGUUUUCACGAACUCAGCUUCGGUCUGCCGUCCUCUACCACAUCAUCAUUCUCAAUCCCUACUGCCGGCGGCGGAAAGAAAAGACCAGAUUGGUUCGGCGGGCCCGAGGAAUUGGUCGUUGCGUACAUCGGCGGCAUAAUACAGCAUUAUCCAACGUACAAGGAGAAUUGUCAACGGUAUAUUGACCGAUUGCUGAUCAAAGGUGGUCCGCAGGAAGGGGGAAAGAGUGUGUUUCUGAGAGAGGCGACGGAUGGGGUUAUUAUUGGUGCUGGGGUUUUAGCGGGCAUGUUUUCGCGGUAA